UAUACCACUCUCUCUCUCUCUCUCCCCGUCUGCGAUCUUUCUCUUCUCUUCUCUCUUUCAUCCAUCGUCAUCUAUACCUCCAAUCCAAAUACAAAUCCAUCUAAACCCUAAAACGAAGGAUCUAAGAAGAGCGUUGGGACCCUUUCAACUGCUUAAUUUCGAAGUAUUUCCAUAUUCGAUUGAAGCAGCUCAUUGAGGGUUUUCAUGCCUUAUAUGCGCGUUGAAACCGAGCUUAUUUGACAAACAGGAUUCAUUGAUUCAGAACUGAGAACUGAGCAUGGUAUCAGAAGCUUGCCCGUCUAUGGGUCGCGUUGCUGAAAAGCCACUUAAUGGGUCUGUCCCUGGCAAAAAGAUCCGAGGAAAAGUUCCAAAGAAAAUACACAAGGCUGAACGAGAGAAGCUAAAACGCGAUCAUUUAAAUGAGCUCUUCUUUGAGCUUAGCCAUGCACUUGAUCCUGCUCGGCAGAAUAAUGGGAAGGCCACCAUCUUAUGUGAUGCUACAAGAUUACUAAGGGACCUUAUCACACAAGUUGGAUCUCUCAAGAAGGAAAAUGUUGCCUUAUUAAAUGAAUCUCAUUAUGUCACAAUUGAGAAGAAUGAACUGGAAGAUGAUAAUGCUGCCCUCCACGGCGACAUCGAUCGGCUUCAGAACCAGAUUCAGGAGAGCGUCGAUCCCCCGCCGAUCUCGGAACCCAACUGCUCAGCUUUGCCAUCGCAGAACUCAUCGGUCGCUCCUGUCUUUGUUCUUCCUUUAAGCCAAGAUCUUCAGCAAGCCAUUGCUGAUGUUGCAGGGCCAUUAUCUUCACCGAAGCCUUCAUCGCAUAUUAGUAGACCUCAUGCAAGGUAUCCAACUCCAGAUUCAUGGUCGCUGGAGUUCCUCUCCAGAAACCUGGAAGCUUCAGGUGGUGCAUAUUCAAAUUGCUGGCAGGAGGGAGUGGAUAAAGCUUAAUUUGAUGAGGAUUGACUUUAAUGUGUUGUAUGUAGCAUCAGUUCCAAGCUUUUAUUAUCAAUGUUGAAUAAAUAUAUAUAUUUUGGUUGGCAUUCUUGCAAAAAUAUAUCCUAUCAAAUGACCUAAUGUUCUGGUUUUUGAA